AUGGAUCAACGGCUUGAAGGUAAUGGCAGGGAUGAAUCGGCUAGCUCAGCAGAGAACGCCAGAGCUUCCCGGGAGUUUUUAGCAUCAAAUCUCGCACGCAUGACCGAUUCAGAAAUCCUCAAACAGACCCUCAGCCCGAAGUCUGUUAUCUUGACGGCCUCUUCCUUCGGCCGCCUUUCUCAAACUGCGAGUUCUCGACCCGACUUGCAACAACUCAACCAAAUCGGAGCUGGUCUACAGGGAGCUAUCUUCGAGCAGGUCGGGAAGCCGCUGGCCCUGAAAAAAGAAAGUCCAGGAAACGAAAAGCUACCAUCAAACCUCUAUCAUGAGUAUAAGAUUCACUGUGAUGUUUCGGCCGCAUUCGAACAUUACCAGUCUACCAACGGGGGAAUCCACAUUCCAAAACCUUUCGAAUUGAUCUCUAGGAAAGAGAAUAGCGGGUUCUGGGAUGAAAUCUUACCAAAAACUCCCGAGGAUCAUCGAGUGCCUGGGAACCUGGUAAUAAUGGAACGGAUUCUUCCAUUACCUAAAGUCGUACGAAAAGCCUUGAUCUCCCAAUUUUGUGCCCCCGAACAACACCUUGAUAGCGCUGGAAUUGAAGCCCUCCUCAAUUAUCCUGAAAACAAGCACUGUCUUGUCCGUAUUUAUCUCGGCAAGGAAAAUGGUACCAUCAAUCACGAGAUUCCGCUACGAAACUUCCCUCUAUGCCUUGAGUCGAUGGAGCAAGUUGGCGUUGAGACUCUGCCGCUUGCGAAUGCGAUGGGCAAAGCCUAUGCAACCUUAAUUGGGCCGCGGCCGUCAACGGCGAUGAUGUGGAGUUUAUGCUUGGAACUUCAGUCAUAG